AUGGCUCCAAUUCUAUCAACCAGGCUAUUUUCGUACAUCUCACGUAUCUCAGUCGAGACUCACGAUGUCAGCAAUGAAUCGACUCCAGACCCCACCCCGUCACCAACACUGAACAAGGUCGCUGCUCGAGCCGCCACAAACACCCAUGUCUACGGCGCAGGAACUAUCGACCCGCACAGCAUCAAAAUGCAAGGUCUGCUGGCCCUCUUUGCUCUGAUCGGUCUAGGCUUCGUCCUCGGAGCCAUCUGGUUCUUCUUCUGGGCCAAGAAUGGUGGAUUCCAGUGGCGCAAAGGCGACUGGGACGACUACAAGUCUACAGUUCUACGUCGCAAGGGCCCCGAUGGCCGUACUCUAAGUAACGCAACGAAGAGCACCAAGCUAGGAGGUGGCAGUAUAGUUGGAUACAGUGACACUGGCUACACCUACGACGACGAAACAGCAACAAUGAUAACCGAGAAGGAAAAGCCCAAGCAGAAGAAAAAGAAGUUCACUGAAACAGCCAAGGAGCGCCUUCUCCGUCGAAAUAAAGACGAGUCCUGGGAGGGCGAGGGUGACGACGACAUGCGUGCGUAUCGGGAGGAGAAGCCCGCCCAAAUUGGCGGCAUGAACCGUGAAGCAGACGGCACAUACCACGGCAGCGACUAUGACUCUUCCACCGCGCCGUCGCACUACAACCGAAGCGACAUGACCGAAUCACGCUACGAGCAGCCGCGCCGUGCGAAGACGAAGAACAAGAAGCGUGAUCCCUCUGGCUUUUCUUUUACUGCUGGCAGUGAAGAUGUUCUCAGCCAAACGAGUGAUGAGCGCUACGAACGCCACGAGCGUCGCGAGCGCCGCGAGACUCGUCGCCGUGAGCGUGAGCGUGCUACUGCGCCUAAGACCGCUUCGACUUCACGUACCAGAUCUCCCCCUAAGAAUGACACUCGUAAGAUGCCCGGUCACUUUACCGAGCCUCUUGAUUUGUCGUCGAAUGGGUCGCGCUCUGAGUACCAGUACUCAAAUGUUGAUACCGAGGACUCGGGUACUAAGAGCUACAGUCACCCCAUCCCGGGCUUAACUAAGGGUUAUCGUCGUGAUAAGAGAGAUAAGCGCAGUCGUCGCCGUGAUAGUCUGGAUGACAGUGAUUGA